UAUAUAUAUAUAUACACACACACACACACAUAUAUGUGGUGGGGGGCAUGCGCGGUCUGGAAGGCGGUUCUGCUGUCCAUUGCCUCCCGAGAGGCUUGUGCACAUCGACGGGGUCCUGACGCCCAGAUUCGAGCCGGAGAAUGUAGGAAGAGGCCGCCAGGAGCGCGUCCUGAUCUUCGCCCCCAGGGCUACCCCCCCCCCCCAGGGGCCGGGAAGGCGGGUGCAGACACAUCGGGGACCUGACCCGGUCCUCCUGAUGAGACCCACCGUACUGGGCUUCCCAGGCCUUGAACCCCCAGAAAAUGAAGAACCCAUUGUGGUAAAGCUGGAGGACUCUGAGGAGGAAGAGGAAGACACCCUGUGGGACCCAGGCCCUGAGGCUGCACGUCUGCGUUUCCGAUGCUUCCGCUAUGAGGAGGCAGUGGGUCCCCAAGAAGCCCUGGCCCAGCUACGAGAGCUGUGUCACCAGUGGCUGCGGCCAGAGGUGCGCUCCAAGGAGCAGAUGCUGGAGCUCUUGGUGCUGGAGCAGUUCCUUGGUGCCCUGCCCCCUGAGAUCCAGGCCCAUGUACGGGGACAGCAGCCAGGAAGCUCUGAAGAGGCUGCUGCCUUGGUCGACAGGCUUCGCUGGGAGCUAGGCGAGCCUCGGAGAUGGGUCACAGUUCAGGUGCAAGGCAAGGAGGUCCUAUCAGAGAAGAUGGAGCCCUCCUGCUUCCAGCCUGUUUCUCACACCAACCCUCAAACUCCAGAGUCUGGGACCGAGAUGGCCCCUGGAGCCAUGCAGGAAUUGCCACUGGGCCUUCAGGUGAAGGAGGAGACUGAAGUCACGGAGGAUCCAGAGUUCCUGGAGUCUGACCACCUUCCCGCCGCCCAAGAGGCUGCAGUGGCCCUCCUACCUAAGGAGGCACAGGGCUGUGGGGCAGCACUGGACCAGGCCUCUCCUCACAGUGAGACUGGGCCUGAUGGGUCCUCAUGGAGGGAUCAUUCUGUGGCCCUGUGGCAUGAAGACGUAGGAGGCAUCUUCUCCCCAGGGCUUGCACUGCAGAUGGACGGCGUCUUGACAGAGCCAGAUUCGGCGAGCCACCACCUCCCCGUCCCCUGGGAUCUCGGCAUGGCCAGCCUCUCAGGACGCAUCCGGUCCCCCUCCCGCGAAGGUGGCUUCACCCGUGCACUUAUGCUCCCCAGCGACCCAGAAGGCAAGCAGGACCCUGCCGGAGGGGACACCCGCCCCGGCGGAGGCCCUGCCGGGGCCGCAGCCCGCUGGCGCGCCCCGCGGGGCCGCAGCCGGGGUCGCCCCAGCUCGGGGGCCGGAGCCGUGAGGGGCGGCCGCUGCGACGUGUGCGGCAAGGUGUUCAGCCAGCGCAGCAACCUGCUGCGGCACCAGAAGAUCCACACGGGCGAACGACCGUUCGUGUGCGGCGAGUGCGGCCGCAGCUUCAGCCGCAGCUCGCACCUGCUGCGCCACCAGCUCACGCACACCGAGGAGCGGCCGUUCGUGUGCCGGGACUGCGGCCAAGGCUUCGUGCGCAGCGCGCGCCUGGAGGAGCACCGGCGCGUGCACACCGGCGAGCAGCCCUUCCGCUGCGCCGAGUGCGGCCAGAGCUUCCGCCAGCGCUCCAACCUGCGGCAGCACCAGCGCAUCCACGGGGACCCUCCCGGGCCCGCGCCCCCGGCCCUGCCCGGCGCCCCCGAGCCCCCGGGGCCCUUCCCGUGCAGCGAGUGCCGCGAGAGCUUCGCGCGGCGGGCCGUGCUGCUGGAGCACCAGGCGGUGCACACCGGAGACAAGUCCUUCGGCUGCGUGGAGUGCGGCGAGCGCUUCGGCCGCCGGUCGGUGCUGCUGCAGCACCGGCGCGUGCACAGCGGCGAGCGGCCCUUCGCCUGCGGCGAGUGCGGCCAGAGCUUCCGGCAGCGCUCCAACCUCACGCAGCACCGGCGCAUCCACACCGGCGAGCGGCCCUUCGCGUGCGCCGAGUGCGGCAAGGCCUUCCGCCAGAGGCCCACGCUCACGCAGCACCUGCGCGUGCACACGGGCGAGAAGCCCUUUGCUUGUCCCGAGUGCGGCCAGCGCUUCAGCCAGCGACUCAAGCUCACGCGCCACCAGCGGACACACACGGGCGAGAAGCCCUACCACUGUGGCGAGUGCGGCCUGGGCUUCACGCAGGUGUCACGGCUCGCGGAACACCAGCGCAUCCACACCGGCGAGCGGCCCUUCGCCUGCCCGGACUGCGGCCAGAGCUUCCGGCAGCACGCCAACCUCACGCAGCACCGGCGCAUCCACACGGGCGAGCGGCCCUUCGCGUGCCCCGAGUGCGGCAAGGCCUUCCGCCAGAGGCCCACGCUCACGCAGCACCUGCGCACUCACCGGCGAGAGAAGCCCUUCGCCUGCCAGGACUGCGGCCGCCGCUUCCACCAGAGCACCAAGCUCAUCCAGCACCAGCGCGUGCACAGCGCCGAGUAGCUCCAGACUGUGGGCACUGCGUGGUGGAAAUGCCCAUCUCACAGGAUUGCUGUGAGGCAGGGGUUGCAUAGGUACAAGCAGGCCUGGUUCACAGUCAACGAGUGCUUAAUAAACAGUAAAUGGUGCCUGCCUAGCUGCGCGAGCCUUCCCUGCCCACCCCGUCCACUGCUGCCAGGCUGGUGCUGGUGUGCUCCCUGUACACACACAGGCUAAAGGAGCACACACACACCCCUCAAAAGUACUUCCUGCGAGCGCUUGCUCUCUCACAGGAUGUCCUGUGUGCAGUGCAUGCUUCUGGCUUAUGCACAGAGGAUGCCCAGCUGCAGGUGGGGUAGAGCAUUCACCGGCAAAAGACCCAUAGAUGAGCCGUUAUCUGCGGCGCUGCGCCUGAUCAUCAGUGUAUGGUCAAGAGGCAGAACCACCAACUAGGCUGGUGGUAACUGAGACUUGGCAGUGAAUAGUGACAAACUCGUAAUCCCACCAUUCAGGAGGCAGAGGCAGGAGGAUUGCUGCAAGUUCAAUGUCAGCCUAGUCUACACAGCAAGUUCCUGGGAUACCUAAUGAGACCCUGUCUCAAAGCCAGCACACAAAAGGCAGGUUUGGUGGCACGUGUCUGCAAUGCCAGCUACUUAGGCGGCCUGGCCAGACUUAAAGGAGUUCAAGGCCAGCUCGGGCAACUUAGUGAGAGACUCUCAAAGUGAGCGAAAACAGGGCUGGGGAUGUAGCUCAGUGGUGGAGCACUUGACUAGCAUGUGCUCAACUCCUAAUGUGGGGUGGGGGGGAGUGAAGCAGUCAAAAAGGAGGGGCUCAUGAACCAUUCUGGGAGCUGUGUUCUAGGAAUAGCCAUGGAGCUCAAAGUCCGAUGCUAAAAAGUAAAGGGCGCUACCAGGGUGGUAAGGAGUCCCAAGGAAGGGGCUGCCAUGCAUUUAUCUCCAGUGGAGAAGGGCGGCCCUGGUUUUGGGAGGUGUGGAGAGCGCCGCCAUCAUCCCCUGCCCUGCAGCGGUGCCCAAGUGGAUAGGUGUAGAGCCCAGAGGUAGGUGCUUAACUCGCAGCACAACCCUUGUCAGAAAACUACCUCAACACUCAAUCUCCAGAGACAUUCCAUCUUCCAAGCUCUCGGUCUUGCUCCAAGUCAGUGCUCAUUUCUCUGAUACCGCGUCUCCCCAUUCCCAGAUCAACUGUCCACUCACUUUUGUCCUGUCAGUAUCUCACCCCAAUACACCCCCCAAAGCAGUCAUAAGCGGGCAGUUUUAUUCCCAUCAAUGAAGGGAGCACUGGAGAAGUAGUCCUGCUUGGACUCCCGUACAGUGAUGUACACACUUUCUGCCAGCUGUGGACAUGAGGCUUCUGGAUAACACCAGACCUGGACCAUGGUACCCGAAACGCGCACACUCCCUUCAUGGCUGUCUUUGGAGCUGUGGGCAAAGCCAACAUUCAAGGGAAGAUCCCAACCACCCCAAUACUCCCCAGCCAGCCAAGAUCAUCCAUGCAACAGAAAUAGCACACUGAUGCCAGCUAAGCCAGAUCUUGCCUGAGGGUAACUUUGGAAGCCAGUUCCUAGUUUUAAAAACAGAAAAGUUAGGGCUGGAGAGAUGGCUUAGCAGUUAAGCUAUUGCCUGUGGAGCCUAAGGACCCUGGUUUGAGGCUCGAUUCCCCAGGACCCACGUUAGCCAGAUGCACAAG